CAUCAGAUUUUAUUUAAUAUUUACUGAACUACCAUGUCCAUACUAUCAUUCUCACGUGUAAAAAUUUUAUUCGGAAUGGGUAUAAUCUGCUUACUGGUGCAGUGUUUAUAUUUUGUCAACUAUUACAAUCUGAUUUCUACUAAACAACAAUAUGUUCCAUCAACCAAACUUGAGCUAAAAUCUCACGCCAACUUCUCUGAUAAUCAGACUAUGGUUGAUAAUAAAAAUCAAACCACUAUAUUGAAAAACAAUAACGUUAAUCUCGUCAAUUUCUCGUUGUGUCCACAAAUACUACCUGCCAUAGAUGAAAAUGUUAACUUGCUUGUACCUGAUCGGGUGAAUUUGGAAGAUGUGGCGCUACAGUUAUCACGGUUGAGGAUUUUAAAAGGAGGUCACCAAAUGCCCAUAGACUGCGAAGCGAGACACAAAAUUGCAAUCUUAGUGCCUUAUAGAAAUCGAAUGGAUAACCUCUGCUCGUUCCUUUUAAAUUUGCAUCCAUUUUUAACAAAACAAAAAUUGGAUUACACUAUUUUUGUCAUAGAACAGUUGGACGAUAGAAAAUUUAACCGAGGCAAGUUAUUUAACGUUGGGUAUACAGAAGCAUUAAAGUUAAACAAUUUUGAUUGUUUCUUUUUACAUGACGUAGACCUCAUACCAAUGAAUAACAAUAACAUGUAUAUUUGUUCGGAUCGACCAAAACAUAUGGCAACAGCUAAUAAUAAAUAUGGAGGCAGAAUGCCGUACGAGGAUUACUUUGGUGGAGUGGUGGGCAUAAAUCGAACGCAAUUUGAGUUGGUCAACGGAUUCAGCAACAUGUACUGGGGAUGGGGUGGUGAAGAUGACGACUUUUUGUAUCGGAUCAGUUAUCACAAACUAGAAUUUACCAGGUUACCACAACACAUGGGCCGUUAUUAUGCAUUGUCACACUCUGGACAGCAACCCAACCCCGAAAGGAGAAAUCUCCUUCAUACCAGCUUUUACCGUUUCGAUACGGAUGGACUUAAUAGACUCAAUUAUGUAAUAAAAUCUCUGAAGAUAUUACCACUAUUCACGCACUUUCUGGUGGACCUAGACGAGUAGCACAACUGAUAGAAAAUAAUGAAAUGCACUGGCCAUAAUCCAACUUCAAUCUCAUACCCACACUCUUCUUCUAUUCAUCGCAUUCUCUCCAGAUAGACACAAAAUAUCGUUUUUAGGUAUUUAAUAAAAAAAAAAAAUAAAAUUACAAUAUAAAGUAUGCAUAAUUGAACUAUACCAUAUAAACGUUGUAUAAAUAUUUUUUCUAUUUGUAAUUUAAUUGUGUAUAAUUUAUCAUAUUAAACAAUCAACGUUUACGUUAUCGAUUGACUAAGUAUUAAACUAAAAAAUACAAACCGGUAUUGUGCUUUGCACACGAACUUUAAUUAAAUGUAUAAAAUUUUGUGAGAUUGUACGUCAUACGAAUUGAUAACGCCAGACGAAAUAGAAGUAAAUAAAAAUCAAAAGUAAUUAUUGUUCUAAUCAUCUCUUGAUUUGAGGACAAUCGAUCCGCGACCGACGACGACGUGUGUGGUACUAUAAUAUAAAUAUGACAUAAUGUAAUAAUUGUACGUAUAUUAUAGGGACAACAAUGUAUUUAACACUUGUUUUCUUAUUAUUAUUAUCAUUAUAGUAUAUUUUGGUAUAUUAUUCUUAUAAUAAGUAAAACAAAUACAUGUAAUGUUUCGAAAAAUGCUGUUCCACCGGACAAAGGCUGCGACCACAACCAAACAGACGUUUGAAUAAAAUAUAAUAAUACUAGAUAUUAGAAAUAUUAUCUUAACUUUUUCAUUAUUUGUUAUUAUUUAUUUUGCAUAUUGUAUUAGUUAUUUUACACUUUUACUCAAAGAGUGUACCAGACUGCCAUCAGUGUGUUAGACACGUGUAUUUUUUUCAAUAUUAUUUGUUAAAUUUUCAUCAAAUAAAUUACCUAUUUAUUACCUAAAAAUAUAUUUUAUAUUGAUUUUUUUUCCGUAAUUUACGUUUUUAAAGUAAAUAUGUUUAUGUUAUAUCACGACUCGGCUACAACUGAAGGUUUAGAUUAUUAUUUGUUUUUUCUUACAUUUUAUUUUCAUCAGGUGUAAUAUACCUAUUGAAUGUUCAACUAUGCAAUGCUUGCUAUAAAUAUCUUAAAUAUUACAUUCAUGAUAUACUCCUAUAUAUCGA